CCAACCCCCCUCCGUCCCCUACCGGAAGUGCCUGUUGCGCGAGCCGGCGCGCGGAGGUCCGCCAUGGUUGUGGAUGGUGUUUAGUCUUAUACUCGUGUGCGACUCUUCCGCCAUGGUGGGCCCGGCUUUUCCCGUCCCGGGGGCACCAGGCGCCGGGGGCUCCCUGGAGAAUGCCAACCCGCUCAUCUACCGGCGCCAGGGCGAGCGGCCCAUCACGGCGCGCGAGGAGGACGGCGACCUGCCCGACGCCAUCGACGCCCGGGAGAUCUUCGAUCUGAUCCGGUCAAUCAAUGACCCAGAGCACCCCUUAACGUUGGAAGAGCUGAAUGUAGUGGAGCAGGUCAGAGUUAAGGUCAAUGAUACUGAAAGCACUGUCUCGGUGGAAUUCACUCCGACGAUUCCUCACUGCAGCAUGGCAACACUCAUUGGCCUUUCAAUCAAGGUGAAGUUGAUCAGAUCCCUCCCUGAAAGAUUUAAGGUGGAUGUCCACAUCACACAGGGAACUCAUGCCUCAGAGCAUGCAGUAAACAAGCAACUGGCUGACAAGGAGAGAGUGGCUGCCGCCCUGGAAAACACCCACCUGUUGGAAGUAGUGAAUCAGUGCUUGUCUGGACGACCGUGAGUGGAGCGGAGCGGAAGACGUCUCCAGGCAGGGCUGAAGUCCAGGUCCACUUACGUGGCAUCCGCUGUCAGCGGUUCAUGUUUGUAGCAGAGUUUUGCUUUUGUUUUUCUGAAUAAAGGGAUUUUAAUUUUCUGUA